CCAUCGCUGCCUCCAGUCUGCAGGUUCAAGGAAGAAGAAGAAGAAGGACUAAAACGUGUAUCAGCUAAGCUGGCUGAUGUGAAAACCCUCUUUCUGAAUACGUGGUUGUAAAGCGAAAUUUUUUAAGGGAUGGAGAAUGACGUUCUCGUCUCUCUUGAAGAUUUAGGGUAUCAAGGCCCUCUUUUGGAGGAAGGAGCUCUGGAUUCUGCUGUGAGCAGAGGAGCAGCUUCACCUGAGUUUACAAAGCUCUGUGCCUGGAUUGUCUCAGAGCUUAGACUCUACUGCAAGCUUGAAGAGAAUGUGCAUGCCACUAACUGUCCCAGUGAGGCAGAGGGCUUUCAGCUGGAGAUGAGUGGUCUGCUGUCAGAGCUCGCCUGUCCUUACUCUGUUCUUACCAGUGGAGACAUCACCCAGAGGUUUCUCAAUAGGACAGACUGUCUGCUGCUCCUCACCUUUUUGGUAUCUGAGUUGGAGGCAUCAAGGAUGAUCCUAGUUAACAAGCCUCAGAAGAAAGCUCAGGAGUCAGGCAGUCCAGUGUUCCAGGAACUGAAGGGCAUCUGCAUGGCGCUGGGCAUGUCCAAGCCUCCUGCCAGCAUCACCAUGUUCCAAUUCUUCAGUGGAAUUGAGAAGAAGCUGAAAGAAGCCAUAAGUCGGGUCCCACCAAAUCAUGUAGGAGAGCCCUUGAUGAAGAAGGCCCUUGGACCUGUGCACCUGGAAAAAAUUGAAGCUAUAAACCAAGCAUUAGUGAAUGAGUAUGAAGUGAGAAGGAAGAUGCUGUUGAAACGCCUCGAUGUGACAGUGCAGUCUUUUGGUUGGUCUGACAGAGCAAAGACACAUGCUGAAAAGUUGGCCAAAGUUUACCAGCCUCUGCGUUCUGCCCUUUGCACCACAAGUAAAAUCUCUGUUGCCCAUCUUCUUGCUGCUCGACAAGACUUUUCCAAGAUCCUACGCACAAGCAGUGGCAAAAUAAGAGAGAAGACUGCUUGUGCUAUUAAUAAGGUUCUAAUGGGAAGAGUGCCAGACAGGGGAGGCCGACCCUGCGAAAUUGAGCCUCCUCCACCAGAGAUGCCCACCUGGCAGAAGCGCCAGGAUGCUCCCCAGGGUGGAGGACACCAUGGCGGGGGUGGGCACGGAGGCAGCAGGGGGGGCUACGAUCACCACUCUCAAGGUGGCCGUGGAGGUUAUGAGAGAGGAGGAGGACAUGGAGACAGGGGUGGUAGAGGAGGAGGCGGCAGAGGGGGGAAGGUGCAGGGAGGCUGGGGAGACGGAGGUGGAGGGGGAGGGGGAAGAGGUGGUUACAACCCAGGCCACUAUCAGGAUGCAGGAGGACAUCAUGGGGGAGGAGGGAGGGGUGGUUAUGGAGGAGGGAAUAACCAAGGAAGCUUCCAGGAUCCAGGGUAUCAUGGAGGAGGAGGAGGCGGUUACCAUGACAGUUAUAACCAAGAUGGAGGCUGGCAUCAGGAGAGAGGUGGAGGUCGAGGAGGUCGGGGAGGCAGGGGAAGAGGAGGGCGAGGAGGAGGAGGAGGACAAGGGGGAGGCUGGGGAGGGAGAGGGGGCCCGAAUUUUAACCAAGGAGGACCGUUUGAACAGUUCUUCCAACAUGGUGGGCAGCACUACAACCAAGCUGGUUUUAGUCAAGGCAGACACUACACUAGUUGAAGACAGCGUGGGUCAUUGCAGCAGAGUCCACACAAAGAUUGACUACUGCAUUAACAGAUUCAAAAUGCCUUAUCAUCCUAUCUGUUGUCUAGUUGACUAGAAUGUUAAAUGAGGACCUAGAACACACACACACACAGAUACUGUAUACACUCGCUAUAGACUGUUUUGGAAUUAUUGCUUUACUACAGAGGGUAGUUCUUUGCUUUUUCCUCCUGGUGUGUUAAUGGUUCCUUUUUUUGCCUCCUGUGUACAAGUAUUCAAGACAAAAGCUACUAUGAAUGAUUAGUUGAUUAAUUGGACUCUGCUGUUUUGACCUCAUUUUGCUACUUAAUUAGCAUAUAUAUUGGACUUUUUUGAAAGGAAGGAAAGGUUCCUAAGAUUUCAGGGUCAGUGCACCUACUGUGUAUCUGACAUACGAAGUUGACAUCAUUAUUACAUGUAUAAUUUUUGAAGUUCUUAUAGUUUAAUUGAAGUUGACAACUUGAAAACAGCUCAGUCUUUCCAGUGUUCAUUUCGUUUCAGUAGAUUUAACUGGAAUCUCAUUUGUUACUUAUUUAAAGAUGUUAUCUUGUACUACUCAUGAAAGACUGGGUGCAUAGAUAUUGGAUGUUGGAAGGUUUGCAUGGAUGUGUAAAUAAGCAAUAAAAUCUGAAAUGAGA